GCCGGUGUUCCCCCACCAUCACUGACUCACUGUCCAGUUCUGUCGUUUUUAUUUUAUUUAUUUAUUUUUUUGGUUCGAUCUAGAAGGUUUUAAGGGAAGAACGUAAGCAGGGGGUUUGGAGAAGAACGGUACGCCAAGACCGAAGAACACUCUCUCUCUCUCCAUUGAAAAUCAGAAAAGUAAACAAUACAUGUUUAAUGUAUUCAAAGGUGACGGUUUCAUUAAAUUAAUGACAACCAACUUACCAUUAAAAGCUCGCCCUCUCUCUUUCUUCUCUUUGUCCCUCCAGAAUUCUUGAUUUUUUUAUUCUUGUCAGAUCUUUACUCUUGGCAUCGGCCUCUCUCCUUCCUUUCUUGAACGAGUCCUAGUCCACCACGAACGCCUGCCUGUUGCUACUGCCAGUGCUAGUGCUGGCCGGUACUUCUUCUUUUUUGCCGAAUAGUCAAAUCUUCUUCAUACAAUUAAUCCCUUGUGUCUUCUGUCCGGAGGGGACAAAAUAGAUAGGAAAAAGAGAAUACGGGGAGAUCGAGAAGAUAAACCCCAUAGGAUUCUGGUGAUGCAACGAUGGUCGAAAGUUGCUGUGGCGGCAUUUCCCGUCGCAGUUCUUGCAGUGUUUCUGAUUGUCUUCCUCCGGCGGUGGUGUUCCUCCAAAGGAGAUCGUACGGGUAUUACAGAUACUGCAGAGACUAGACCAAGGUCCCUCCAAUCUGCGAUUGCAAAGCUUCACCUGGCCAAUGACAGGGACAGUCGCAGGCACUUCCCUAAUUUUCAUCAUCAUCAUCAUCAUGAUCUAGAUAGCAAGAGGAGGACGAAUUAUUAUGUUUUUCGACGUGGGGUAUUGGCGAAACCACUGUUCAGUUGGGCUGAUCACCCUUGGCUUGUAACAGAGGCGGUGGAGCAUGGGUGGUCCAGAUUUGCUUUUACGGCCAACCUAUCGUCUCCUUCCACUAAAUCAUCACUGUUGGGUCUUUGCGCAGUUGGCGACCAAGGAAGAGAAAGAGAUGUGGACAUUAGCUGGGAGGUGUUCCCGGGGUCGGCGGAUUUCAUGCAGAAGAUAAGGCUCAAUCCGGGACUGAAGAAGAUAAAUACGGGAACGACUCCUUCGAUGGGUGUUUCAUGUGUCGUGAGGUCUGCUUUGCCUUUGCCGGGCCCUCCCUUGGGGACUUGCUCCUUCCCUCAGGAAGCCUAUUUCGAAAUUACCAUCUUGUAUUCCCCGGAGGAGGACAAGGGGAGCCCCAGUGAAGGCGAGAGGUCUAAGCUUAUUCAAGAGACGGCAGACGUGAACGCGCCGUCCGAUUCUCUAGUCCAUGUAGCCGGCAGCAACAGAAACACUGCUAUUAGAAAUAAGGAAGAUGAAGCCAAAAGCGGAGAGGUUAUGUUGUCUGUAGGGCUAACAACCGGAGGUGGCUCCCUUCCGUCCAAGCUCCCUGGCAGCUACCCUGGAUCUAUCGGAUUCAAUUCCAAUGGUUCUGUUCACCUUGAUGGAAUCAAGCUUGUAUUUGAGGCCGGCGAGGCAGAGUGGGGAAUGAGAGACAGAGUGAUUGGUUGUGGGUUUGAUCCGGGUAAAAAGAAGGUGUUCUUUACAGUGGAUUCGGAAUUGGUGCACCUAAUCCAUUGCAAAUCCGAGGAGUUUUCCAGCCCGCUUUACCCCACUUUGGCCGCAAAUAUGGAAGUAACUGUUCUGGUAAAUUUUGGACAAAGUGCCUUCAAGUAUGCACCUGCAAAUCCUCAAAGGACUCCCAACCCAUGUUUUAUUGGCCCCCUCGCCAAUGCUCCCGCCGCUGCUCUGGGUUAUGAGGACAGCCGAGAGCUAUUCUCCAUGGGGAGGAUUGAUUCUGACUGGUUUAAUCGAAGUACUACCAAGAAUAGCAAUAACAAUGGUGAUAGCGUAGCAGGAGAUGUCUAUGAGGAAUCUGAGACUGACCUAUUUGAAAUAGUCCUCAGAUAAUUUAUAGCAGGUCAUCAAGCAGAGCAACGGGUAUAGAGACAUGAUAUUGAUCCCACAGGAUCUCAGUUUUUUGGCUCUAUUUAGGAGGUUGUGCUUUUAUGCAACUGAUGUUGCAAGGUCAUCGCAAUCUUCACAAAGUUUUCACAGCAGAAGGGUGAAUAGUCAUAUACUCAUUCCAUUUCAUCAUCAAGGAUUAAAAGCACUUACAGGAAGAUUGACUCCUUCAGUGUAGCUCAGGGGCCACAAUUUGGUAAUAUCGCCUCCAGUUACUUGCAACAAAGAAACAGACAAGUUUUUCAAAAAGAGAGUAUUACUGUUUAAUUCCUCCUCUUACCAACUUGAGACCGGUUUUCAACUCGUGUUGCCUUCUCGGAUGCAUAUAUUCUUGUGUAUAGUUUAAUACCAACACUUAAUGAAAAGUGUUAAUUCCGAUAUUUGAUCUUUUGUUCUUCCUAACAUAACAAUCUGAGACUGUUGUUUCAACUCACUGUUGCCCUUUCAUAUGCAUACAUUCUCUUGUGUAAUCAAAUGUUAACCUCGUCAAAACAUAA